AUAUAAAGUUAAUUUGAAGCAUUUGAAAUGUAACAUUUAUUCCAAAGUAUUAUUGCUCCACGCACCUGUUAACUGUGAUAAUGCCUUGCACAUCCAGUCCAGUUCGGAAGACGAUCCCAUCAUCGUAAUUGUGCUCCCCCCAGACAUGCACCGCCCGGGGUUGUGUGUGAGUGUGUGUGCGAUGUGGACUGUCGCUUAACUUGCGUCUGGAGCGUGCGCGUGCGUCCAGAAAGGGCGGAGGAGGAGGAGGUGGAGGAGGAGCGCACACUAUAUCCAUCCAUCCAGCCAUCCAACCAGGCAGACUGGUCGGCAUCAAGGCAAGCUGGUACCAGAGAAGCGCGUACUGAGCACGGCGGUGGCGGCUGCAGCGGCGGCAUGGCUUCGUCUCACGGGAGAAGUAGUGACAUGCGCUUCGCCGACUGGAUGUCGAGUCUCCCGCAGAGCAUGCACAGCAUCCCGCUCACCAACUUGGCCAUCCCCGGUUCCCACGACUCCUUCAGCUUCUACAUCGACGAGGCGUCUCCAGUGGGCCCAGAGCAGCCUGAGACGGUGCAGAACUUUGUGUCGGUUUUUGGCACGGUGGCCAAGAAACUGAUGAGAAAGUGGUUAGCCACGCAGACCAUGAACUUCAACAGCCAGCUGGAGGCUGGCGUCCGUUUUUUUGACCUACGCAUCUCCACCAAGCCCCGAGACCCCGACAACGAGCUCUUCUUUGCGCAUGGCCUCUUCAGUGCCACAGUCAGAGAAGGAUUGGAGCAGAUCAGCAGCUUCCUGUCAUCGCACGCCAGAGAAGUGGUGUUUCUGGACUUCAACCACUUCUAUGGCGUACAGAACCUGCACCACGAGAAGUUGGUCACCAUGUUGAAGGACGUUUUUGGAGACAAGCUCUGUCCAGUUGUUUUUGCCCAGGAGUUGAGUCUGCAGUAUCUGUGGGAGAAGGAGUACCAGGUGCUUGUCUUCUACCAUCACCCUAUGGCCCUAGAGGUGCCCUUUCUUUGGCCCGGCCAGAUGAUGCCCGCCCCAUGGGCCAACACUACCGACCCGGAGAAGCUGGUUCAGUUCCUCCAGGCCUCUGUCACUGACCGCAGGAGGAAGGGCACUUUCUUUGUUUCCCAGGUGGUCCUCACACCGAAGGCCAGCACAGUGAUGAAGGGUGUGGCUAGCGGACUCCGAGAGACAAUCACAGAAAGGGCUUUGCCGGGAAUGAUGCAGUGGAUCCGGUCGCAGAGGCCCGGCGAGAGUGGCAUCAAUAUCAUCACCGCCGACUUUGUUGAGCUGGGCGAGUUCAUCAGCGCCGUCAUCACCCUCAACUACCACAUGGAUGACGAAGACGACGACGACGCCACCUGAGAGCCGUCAGAGGUGUCGCCAUCGAGCGCGGUCGCACCCCUGCUGCCCGGCAGGUGGGUGGGUGGGGGGGACCGUCUUGGUCUGUGCUCUUUUCUCCUUGCCGUUUGUUUCAGAGGAGAUGUGCUGCUCCUUCCACUUUAUUUAGGGCUAGAGUGAAACGGUGAAUGACACGGAGAUGAGGUUGAGAGAGGAAACGUUGCGAUGGUGAGUUCGAUGGUGUGACAGUGCUAAUUUGGGGCCAAAAAUGUCCCCUCUUUUAAGUGAGAGACGCCACCCGAGCUGUAAAAAUGACCGCUUUCACUAUACACAUGUAAAGCAUUUUAUAUUCGGUAUGUUCCUCAUCAGGCAUUUCUGGUUCUCUUCGAUGAUUCUGAUCACAAAGGUCAUGUGUGAAAUAGUAUAAAUGUACACCUGACUCAGUGGGAAGCCAGUCUAAUGAAGAGUCAUGUUAGAGCAUUAAAUAUUUCGGCUUUUUUUUUUUAAUGAAUAAUAAUUUCAAUAUUUUAAAAAUAUAUUUAUUGAUUUUCACAAGAUUAUUUGUGAUACAAUAAUUUGGGGGUGGGGGUGCGGGUGAGUUUGGGAGACGGAUUUUACUUACGCUGUAAUUUUGGGAGUAUGUUGGAAAAAUUGAAAUAACCAAAACCUUUUUUUAAUUUUUAAUGGUUAUAUUUAAUUAUGGUAUUUAUUCAUUUCAACCCACUACAUCAUAUUGCAUGUGUGUGGCAAGAUUUCAGAUGUGCCCCCGCCCCCACACACAAUUUCUUUAUGAAUCUGAUUUGUUUGUAUUGCAAAAAGGCCACCUCCUAUUAUUGAGAGAAAGUGGGAGGUGAAACAAUAAGAUUGCACAGUUUGUAAAACAUUUCUUAUACAUUUUUAAUUCUUAAGUUUUUUAAAAAUAAUUGUGGAUUAAUUUUAAACACAUUUUACACUAUUGAGAGGAUGUAGGGAAGUCACCAAAUUAGAAAAUAAGUUUUCACUUUUUUACAAAUGCUUUACUUCUUUCUUAAUGUAUAAAUUUAUAUAUUUUUAAAAGUAAUUUUCUUGAAAAUAUAUAUUUAUUGAGAGCAUCUGGUUAAAACCCUCCCCCCACAAUAUCAGAGAAAUUAGAUUACAAAAUUCUUAUACUGUAGAUUUUCAUUGAUAUUUUUUUUCUUGAUUUAUUUAUCAAAUUUAACCUGUCUCCUUCCACCAAUAACCACCAAAGUAUCUAAAUAAGCAAAAUUUCAUGUCGCACUUUCACACAUUAAAAAAAAUGUCCCAUUUAUUUUGAUUACAUCUCACCUUAAACUGUUGAGUUUGCGGGGGCUCGAGGAAGCAAAUAAGAUUUUACUCCUUUUGAAAUCAACAAGGUGUUGCUGUUUGUGAAUAGUCCGCUGGCUCCGAAUGAAUUGGUGGUGGGUGCUGAGUCGUGAUGUAUAAAAAUAUUGCUCACAAGAGUCUAUCCAGUGUUUGCUUUUGCUUUCAAUCUCCUCCUUGUGCGUCUGUAUCGACUGCGGUGCUGCAGCGUCUAUGAGUCACCGUGUUUUUGUAGUCUUUCUACUGACACACAAUUUUAGAGGUGAACUUUAUUUCAAGUCAGCUGUUUCUUUCUUUCUUUUUUUUUUUUUUUUGCAGCACUGUUUCAACGUGUUUAGAUAGCGGUAGCAUAUUGGUGUCUUUAUCUGGUGUUAUUGCUUGUUUCCAGAUCUCUGAAUUUCACAAUAUCUGGAAUUGUUGUUCCAUUAUGUGUUGAUAAAAUACCUUGUGUGGUCGAGGAGUAAAUAAAGGUUGACAAAUGAAUUGACAGAAAUAUGAGGUGCUGUACACACCAAAAAUCUCUCACCUGCACCCAAAAAAAAGUUUUGUUGUCAUUGUGAAUUUUUUUCAAAAUCAGACCAGCGAAUGUGGACUAUAGCAAGCAAACGAGAAAGUCUUAGGGGAUUAGACAAAAAAAUUAUUGACAAGCAGGUUGAAUGUCAAGGUUAUAAGAUCAUCUCCAAGACGUUUGAUGUUUCUAUAACAACUACCGUACUAUCCGCACUAUAAGGCAAUUCGUAGUAUAAGGCGCACUUUCAAUGAGUGGCCUAUUUUAAAACUGUUUUCAUAUAUAAGGCGCACCACAUUAUAAGACGCACAGAAUAGAAGCCGCAAUAGUGGCUGUGGUUGCGUUAAGCAUCCACUAGAUGGAGUUACGGUAAAGAGAACACAAUACAAUACGAUGCUGCUUUGUUUACAUAGCGCUCUCACAACCGAUGCAGCUGUAGCAAACUGCUUGACAAAACAUUUAAAAUACUACGUCCAAGAAAUCAGAUCAUUGAUCCAUAUAUAAGGUGCAUCAGAUUAUAAGGCGCAUUGUCAACUUUUGAGAAAAUGGAAUGCUUUUAGGUGCGCCUUAUGGUGCGGAUAAUAUGGUAAAUAUUUUUUGCGGCUAUACGGCACCUCAAAAACAAGUGUGUGAUGACAUUCCAAACAAAAGCAAAAGCAGCACUUACUGCAGAGAAUGCAUCCUUGUGAGGAUUGUUGUCUCGUCUCCCCGACCAUCCAACCAUUACACAAAAACUAUUCGGGAUCAGUGAACGUGUCUUAAAAGUCAACUGUGCCGUGUGCUUGCGACGAAAAGUCUGCAGUUUGUACGAUUCUGUGUCUCAGACCGCUAUGCUUUUUAUGUUUUAUAUUGUGGUUGUAAAUAAUGUAAUUGCAAGAGUACAUUGCCAAGAAACUGUAAAGCAGUGAGUGACUUUACUACUUUACUAUGGUUCUUUUUUUUUUUUUUUUUAUACCAAAUUUGGUAGUGAUAUGCAUGAGCGGUAGACUUGAAUAUUCAAGUCCCGUUUGGAUUUUAUUAUCUCUAUUCCUACAGUUGCAUGAGUUCAAGACAGGUUUUUUUUUUUUCAUUCCUGAUUGCAGUCAAAAGGCUGAAACUUCACAAAUGACCAGAGACUUGAUAAGGGCGUACAAAUUGUGUUGUGAGGUCAUUAUUGUCUUCCCUGGUCAAAGCUGUUGUUAUUGCUUUUAUGUUCUGAUGUAUUAAGAAAAAAAAAGAAAAAAAUCACUCAAUGAAUAAUACAAUAAAAGAGUCCUUUGCUGUUGUAAAAUGAAACCAUCGUUCCAAGAUUGUCAGAUAAAUAAAAGCUAUAAAUACCAAACGCCA